UUAUAUAACAAUAAAAAGUAGUGUAAAAACCAUUUCAUCCUCUCUUUUAUCUGCGCCGCUUCCCGCAUGGAAGAAACAUCGAGGUUUCUUUCCUUCCCUUGCCCAGAUCACUGCUGCGCUACCUCCCCAUCAUGCAUAAUAUCCAUGCAUGUAGAUGUCCACUUUCCUCAUGGAGAUUCUGGUCUUCGAUGAGAAGGAAUAGGUUCAAGAGCAUCUCCCCUGCCACUGCUGUGCGCCUUGCCGACAUCGACGUCCACGGUCUCUCUCAUCACCUCAGCUACUAUAUCUGUGUUCUUUUACCUCCAAGCUUCAAACUCCUCCUUUCUUGUUUAUGAGCUUCUUUUUUUUUUUUUUUAAUUUGCAAUUUUUUUUGUUGCUAAUUAGGUUAUACUUCGUUUUUAUUCAAUUUUCAGUUGUCAUUUAUUGCUGUGGUGAUUUUGAGUUGCUGUAUUGUAAUUACUGAUUAUUGUAAAUUUUGAUUUUUCUGAAAAUUAGAACAAAGGAUUGUGUUUGAGCCUUUGAGUUGUCGAUUAUUGUGAUUAAGCCUUGUGAUUCAAUUUGGUUUGUUACGUCUUUUUGGGUUUGUAUUUUGGGACUUUGCUAUAUGUGUUUGUUGAUAUCAUGAUGCAUGUUCGAUUGAUUGGGAAAGGCAUGGAGAGUUUGUAAUUCGGCUCCAGUUAAUUUCGGUUUUCACCUCUUAUGCCCGUAACAUCGGUUCGGUUUGGUCUAGAAUUUUAGUUUCGUUACUCCCUUUUAACUUACGUAAGUAAAACUGCUCAAGAAAUUGCUAUUUACGCAUGCUACGAUGACGGAAAAAGGCCGGACUUACGGCUGCUACCGCCAUUUAACCGCUAGUUUGGGAUCAAGGGUUGGUUGUUUUUGCUGUUGUUAAUUCUCCCAAAUAGAGUGUUAAGUCGGUUUUGGUAGUAGAUUGAUGAACCCUCUGGUUGAAGUUUAGCUUGGAUCUGCCUUUCUUGCCAUCUGUUAUUGUUUGUGCGACUGCCGGUUCAGGCUCUUGCACCCCAAGUCAAUUUAAUUAUUCAACAGGCAGUGAGGCUUUCCUGAGAAAUGCAUAGGUGGAUCUUAAGGGGAUUGCAUUCUCGUUUGAAUCAAACACAUUUUUUCUCAUGUGAAAGAGCCUUAACCCUAGGGCCACAUACCCUUGAUCCUCUUUACUCCGACAUACCCAGACCCCAUAGAGACAAGUCUCAGAGAAAGCCAUUUCCGACUCCCAUGAAAAUUCUCAUUCAAAAAGCAAAGCGGGAGAAAGAAGCUAGAAAGGCCCAGCCUUGUAGGAUGCUUGAGCAUCCACCUGAAAAUGGACUAUUGGUCCCCGAACUUGUUGAGGUGGCACACCAAGUUUAUCGAUCCCGACAAUCUCUUCUCUCUAGCCUGAGUAAGCUUGUUAAAGUCAUUCCGGUUCAAUGCUGCAGGUUCUGCAGUGAGGUUCAUAUUGGUCAUGUGGGUCAUGAAAUUAGAACCUGCACUGGUCCAGGCAGUGGUUCCCGGAGUGCUACUCAUGUUUGGAGAAGAGGAGGUGUGCGUGAUGUGGUCUAUUUUCCCAAAUGCUUCCAUCUAUAUGACCGUGUGGGUAAGCCAAGAGUUGGACAUGAUGAGAGGCACACUGUACCAAGGAUACCCGCUAUUGUGGAGCUAUGUAUACAAGCUGGGGUAAGCCUCGAAAAGCUCCCUACUAGGAGGAGGACAAAACCCGUAUAUUCUAUAGAAGGAAGAAUAGUAGAUUUUGAGCUAGUACCGGAAAUGAAUGAAAUGAGGGAAAACACUCACUUGGGAAAUAUUGAUCCUCUUGCAUGUUCUAAUUUUGGGACUGAUUGUGAUGAAGUGACAACUUAUUUUAAGUUGGAGAAAAAUACUGAUCAUUUGGAUGAAUCAAUUGAUGGAGCAACUGAUUUGAGGAGUUUAAGCAUUGGGACAAUGGAUUCAUGGUUUGAAAUGAUUUCAGGGGCGGAGAAGAUCAUGGAUAAGUACAAAGUUUUAACCUGUGGAUACUGCCCUGAGGUUCAGGUAGGCCCCAAGGGACAUAGGGUGAGGAUGUGCAAAGGGACCAAGCAUCAGUCUCGUGAUGGUCAACAUGCAUGGCAAGAAGCAACUAUAGAGGAUCUUGUGGGUCCAAAUUAUGUCUGGCAUGUUCGAGAUCUGAAGGGUCCUCCUCUGGAUAACCAAUUGAAGAGGUAUUAUGGCAAGGCUCCUGCUAUAGUUGAGCUAUGUGUGCAGGCUGGUGCACCUGUUCCAUAUCAAUAUGAGAGUAUGAUGAGAUUAGAUGUUAUUCCUCCUAAUCGUGAUGAAGUUGAUCUUGUUGCCUGAAAUGGUGUUUCAUGAUGCUGUUAGGUGUGAAAAUAUCAUAGCUUAUUCAAGCUGGGGAUGGCGAAGCAAUUAUGUGUUUAUAGUAUUUGGCAUACAUGGCCAGUAAUUGCAAACUAGUCUUUGGCUUUUGGAUGUGGAUGGUGUUUGCUCCGGUGGUCCUUGGGAUGCUUAUCUUAUUGUCCCAUUCCAGUUCCCAGCUUGCUUAAUGAUAUUAUCAAGUAGAAAGAGAAGGUGUAUGACAUGUGAAUGAAGAAGUGCCUGCCGGUGAAAUAUGCCUACUGUUCUCAAGAAGCCAAUGAUAUUUGAGUAGGAUCUCGAUCAUUCUUGAUUCGAUUCCCCUGUUGCAAAUGGGUUAAGAGAGCAAACAAAAUGGUUCGGUUCUGAGUUUCUUUUUGAAGACAAUAUUUUGUCAUGGUAGUUCAAGAUGUAGUUCUAUUACAGCUUUAGGGGAUUGAAAUAGCAUCAGCGAAUACAGCCAUGGUCAUGAUCCAAUAGUCGGACCUUUGUUAGUUGCCUAAGGAAUUAAUGGAGGGCCUUUAUAAUAAAGUUCUCUUGCAAUUUUGUGCACGAAAAGAAAUGCUUUGUCUGGCUUUAAAUGACAGUGUGACCUGACGUCUGCUUUAUUUCUCCUCACAUUUUUUACUGUUCAUUUUUUCCAUUCAUGCAUUUUGUCAGUUGGGGAUAUAAUUCAGCUCACUCGUGUUGUAUUAUAAGCUUAUUAUGUUCAUUUCCAUGGAAAUAUUAUUUUAUAGGUGCAUGCUUAGCAUGUUCAAGCUGGGUUUUCAUUGGCAUUAAAGGAUCAUGCUUGCAGAAGUUGAGUUGGAAGGAAUCAAGUAACAUACAAUAGUUAGAGAGAUUGUGUGUUUAGCAUUUCCUCUCAUUAUUUUCAUUUUUACACCAGCUGUAACGCUUACAUGGGACUGGAUUCUGAUAUAGUAGGAGUUAUUUGGCAUGCCAGAAAUGCGGGUGGUGAUUCAUGUGAUUAAACUGAUGUGGUUGCUUAAUAUUAUUUUUUCCUUUUUCUCG